AUGCCUUUUUCACCCUCAUGCCUCUUUGCUCUUAUGGUGGUCUCUUUCGCUGCUGAGGGCUCCUUGGCUGCUGCUCUUUCUCGACGAGCUAAUAGUGUUCAAUGGGUGGAUUGUGCCCUCAAUGUUCCGUCACCACUGCUGGAGGACAAUAUUACUCUCCCAGACACCCUCCCUUCUACGCUAGCCUGUGGCCGUCUAGAUGUCGCCAUGGACUAUUCUCAACCGAUGGACGAGAAUAAUACCAUCGCUCUUGGAUUCUCGAUGUAUCGGCCCGAGAACCCUCAAGGACUUCUUAAUUUCAACCCAGGCGGCCCCGCUCUGGAGGUAUCAUCCUACGCAUGGCAGGUGGCUCUCAAUCUCUCCGGUGCUGAUGCGUUCACCGGUCUCGAAUCCUUCGACAUCCUCGCUAUGGACGUCAGGGGUACCUAUUUCUCCAACCCACUGAACUGUUUCAUCGAUGGCAUCUCGUUCCCGUCCAGCAUACCUUCUACUGAAGAAGAGUUCGCCUCCUACCAGGCUCUGGCUGCUCGAUACGCGCAAUCCUGCAUGGAGUUGAGUACUCCACCGGGAAUACUCGCCCAUGUCGGUACAGCGGACACCAUACAAGACUGGAACAGCGUGAGAGAAGCGCUUGGCUACGAUACGUUGAAUUUCCUAGGCGUUUCUUAUGGAACAUAUGGAGCGGCAAAUUAUGCACACAAAUAUCCUGAGCAUACCGGCCGCUUCAUUCUUGACGCGGUCUUCCCUCCAGGCAUUAACAACACGGAGGUCGUGACACUCCAAUUGGCGGCCGUCAACCGUCUUCUGCUCCGCGCGGACGCCUACUGUGUCGACUUCGACGGGGCUUGUCCUUUCAAGUCACAGGGCAAGGGCGGCCUUGUAUCGGCCUUCAGCUCAGUAAUCGACAACGCCCUCGCUGGAGCUUAUGGAAGUGUUACGGCUGACGACAUACGUGCCAUGAUCUAUAUCGGCUACAUGAACGUUGACCCGAACUUCUCGGCGUUGAGCCAGGCUCUCUACGCUGCACUGAGUCUGAACGAUACCACCGCACUUGACUAUUCCACCAUUGCCGACGAGUACUCUGCGGGAACUUUCGUCGCCUUACCGAUCGUCUGUCUGGAUGAAGUUCUCGACAACAAUACAUUUGCUGGGUUCAAAGCGUUGCGCGAGGCCGCUGCGCAGGCUGAUACCUACAACAUGACCUAUUCCCAAGACAUGACACUUUAUGCUCUGUGCGGAGGAUGGCCAUUUACCGCGAAUACUAGCGUGACCGGAGAGCUUCCUACCAAUGUCUCCCUCUUGCUCGUCACCUCAGACUUUGACCUCAACACACCGACUGAGUGGUCGACGGUCGAAUGGGCUCAAGCACCAAACUCCAUCUUCGUCGACCGCCACGGAGACAGUCAUGGUACGAUUUACGUCCCUGGUCCUGCCAGGUCGGCUGAGAUAGAGUUUCUCACCACCGGGAACGUCUCCGCCUCAUCGAACGAAACACUCGCUACGAUCUACUAUCCAGGAGAUGUGAGAGCUGCGCUCCCUGAUCCCUAUUCGGUGCUUCUCGGGCCUCUCGCAGGAGAUGUCAAUGUCAACGGGACUCUAGCAUGAUCGGACAGG